UGCGUAUUAUAAACGAUAAAUAGGGAUUUCGCGUCUACGCCCUUCAAAACUGAAACCCUAGUUUGGAAAGAGAAGUGCACCGGCGAUGGCUCGCGGGCGUCAUCGGGACGAAGACGACGACUUUAUAGACGACGACGACGAGGAGGAGAUGGAGGAAGAGGAAGAGGAAGAGGAGGAGGAGGUUGUCGGGGGAAAGGGUAGGCAGAAGCGGCGCAGAUCUGAGUUUAUCGACGACGUGGCGGUGGAGGACGAUGAGGAAGAAGAGGAAGAAGACGAGGACGACGAGGACGAUGGCGGUCACCGAGGCCGGAAGCAGAGGCGGCGGUCGGGCUCGGAGUUUUUUGAGCUCGAGGCGGUCGUGGACAGCGACGAUGAAGAGGAAGAAGAGGAGGGGGAGGAUGAUUUUAUAAAUGAUGCUGGAGCUGAUCUACCGGAUGAAGAUGAUAAUAGAAGGUUACCACAUCGUCCAAUUCUUAUGCAAGAGGAUCAAGAAGAUGUGGAAGAGAUGGAGAGACGAGUUAAAGAGAGAUACUCAAAAUCAAAUCAGAUAGACUAUGCUGAGGAUGCUACUGAUGUUGAACAACAAGCUCUAUUGCCAUCGGUAAAAGAUCCCAAGUUGUGGAUGGUGAAAUGUGCGAUUGGUCAUGAGCGUGAGACUGCCAUAUGCCUCAUGCAAAAAUUUAUAGAUAGGGCAGAUCUUCAAAUCAGAUCAGUUAUUGCAUUGGAUCAUCUAAAAAAUUAUAUUUAUGUUGAAGCUGAGAAAGAAGCCCAUGUCAAAGAGGCUUGCAAAGGUCUACGAAAUAUAUUUUCCUCAGCAAAAGUGAUGCUUGUGCCAAUAAAAGAGAUGACUGAUGUUCUCUCAGUGGAAAGCAAAGCUGUUGAACUCUCUAGGGAUACGUGGGUUCGGAUGAAGAUUGGUAUCUAUAAGGGAGAUCUUGCUAAGGUUGUUGAUGUUGAUAACGUACGUCAGAAAGUGACAGUUAAGCUAAUCCCCAGGGUUGAUUUGCAAACACUAGCUAAUAAGUUGGAAGGUAGGGAUAUCGGAAAGAAGAAGACUUUUGUUCCUCCACCUCGUUUUUUUAAUAUUGAUGAAGCAAGGGAGAUGCAUAUCCGUGUGGAGCGUAGAAGGGACAAAGACUCCGGGGAAUAUUUUGAGAUGGUUGAUGGAAUGAUGUUUAAAGAUGGAUUUCUUUACAAAAUCGUAUCUUUAAGAUCAAUUAGCUCGCAGAACAUACAGCCUACAUUUGAUGAACUUGAGAAGUUCAGGAAACCCGGUGAUGAUGUUGAUGGGGAUGUGGCUAGUUUAUCUACCUUGUUUGCUAACAGAAAAAAGGGUCAUUUUAUGAAGGGUGAUGCAGUUAUUGUUGUUCGGGGAGAUCUCAAAAAUCUUAUGGGAUGGGUUGAAAAAGUCGAGGAAGAAACUGUCCAUGUCAGACCAAAGAUGACAGGGCUUCCUAAAACAUUGGCUUUUAACGAAAAGGAGUUAUGCAAAUACUUCAAACCAGGAGAUCAUGUCAAAGUGGUCUCUGGUGUUCAGGAAGGUGCAACUGGUAUGGUUGUAAAGGUUGAGGGGCACGUUUUGAUCAUCUUAUCAGACACCACAAAGGAACAUAUACGUGUUUUUGCUGAUCAUGUCGUGGAGAGUUCUGAAAUUACCACUGGAGUUACGAGAGUUGGGGAUUAUGAGUUACAUGAUCUUGUGUUGCUAGACAAUAUGUCUUUUGGUGUAAUUAUACGUGUGGAAACUGAAGCAUUCCAGGUUCUCAAAGGAGUAGCAGACAGACCUGAAAUUGUGCUUGUUAAAUUAAGGGAAAUAAAAUGCAAGAUUGAGAGGCGGUCAAAUGCCAAGGAUCGAUCUAAUAACAUUGUUUCAAUUAAGGAUGUUGUUCGGGUUGUUGAGGGCCCAUGGAGGGGGAAGCAAGGUCCUGUUGAGCACAUACACAGAGGAUUUUUGUUCAUCCAUGAUCGACAUCACCUUGAGCAUGCUGGUUUUAUUUGUUCCAAAGCUCAGUCUUGUGUGGUUGUGGGUGGAUCACACGGGGGCAGUGAUAGAAAAAGUGUUGAUUCCUUGGACUCUAGAUUUGGUGCUUUUCGAUCUUCACCUCAUAUUCUUCAGUCGCCAAGAAGGCUGCCUCUUAGAGGGCCACCUGUUGAUUUCGGUGGAGGAUUUAGAGGUGGAAGAGGACAUGAUUCGUUAAUAGGUAAAUGCAUUAAGAUUAAAUCUGGUCCCUUAAAAGGAUAUCGAGGCCGUGUUAAGGAGGUAACAGGUCCUUUAGUCCGGGUUGAGCUGGAUUCUCAGAUGAAGAUUGUUACAGUCAACAGAAAAGACAUUGCUGACGCAACUGGUGUAGCAACCCCUUUCCGUGAUUCGAGAUAUGUAUUGGGUAGUGAAACACCCAUGCAUCCAUCAAGAACACCAUUACAUCCUUAUCAGACUCCAAUGAGAGACCCUGGAGCAACUCCUAUACAUGAUGGAAUGCGGACACCAAUGCGUGAUCGGGCUUGGGCUCCGAUGAGUCCUGCAAGGGAUAGCUGGGAAGAAGGUAAUCCUGCUACCUGGGGAACCAGCCCACAGUAUCAGUUAGGAACUCCUGUCCGGACAUAUGAAGCGCCUACUCCCGGUUCAGGUUGGGCUAGCACCCCCGGAGGUAACUAUAGUGAUUCGGCAACACCAAGGGAAAGCAGCUAUGGAAGUGCACCAAGUCCAUACUUACCUUCAACACCUAGUGGGCAGCCUAUGACUCCUAGCUCUGCAUCUUACCUUCCUGGUACCCCUGGUGGACAGCCCAUGACGCCUGGAAACGUUGGGUUGGAUAUAAUAUCUCCAACAAUAGGUGGAGAGAACGAAGGAAAUUGGUACAUGCCUGAUAUUUUUGUUAACAUUGUAAAACCUGGAGGCGAUUCUCAUGUCGGAAUUGUUAGGGAGGUGCUGAUGGAUGGGUCCUGCAAAGUUGCACUCGGAUCAGUUGGCAACGGGGAGACACUAACGAUUGGUUCAUCAGACUUAGAGGUGGUCAGACCUAAGAAAUCUGAUAAAAUUAAGAUCAUGAAUGGCACGCUGCGUGGAGUAACAGGAAAACUCAUUGGCAUAGAUGGUUCCGACGGAAUUGUUAAAUUGGAUGAUACCUAUGAAGUCAAGAUUUUAGAUAUGGUCAUUCUUGCUAAAUUAGCAACAACAUGAUACGAUGGUGUCAUCGUGAGAAAAUUCAGUUGGAACUGUAGGUUGGAUGGUCAUUGUAGAUUUCUGGUUCUAUUGUUUUUUCCAGAGCAGAAGAAAGCUGGAUGUUGGGAUGAUAUGGUAGUUGUUUGCCGAUAUUGCUUUUCAUUUUAUACCAGGAACGUUUUCAUCAUCCACACAAUAUGGUGGCCAGGAACCUUUCAGAUGCCUUUUCACCUUCCACAACGUCACCUUAUACAAUGUAGUAGAUAUUAUUGUUCUCCAGUAGUUGUAAAUGUAAAUGGUGGUGAAAUGUGGUAAUUGAUAUGAUACGUGUCAUUAAUUCUUACCAAUUGAUAUGUUCUCCCUUGUCGCCA